CCAGCUUUAACCCUCCCCCCCGCAUCUCACACCAGGGCCCAUGACAUCUACGCGGAGGAUUUCAUGGUCACGGACCUCAAAUACCUGCCCCGGGGCUGCAGGUUCAAGGACGUGCAGGGUCUGCUGAAGGCCUCCAGCCUCAAACAGUUCCCCCUGGUGGACUCCCAAGAGUCCAGGAUUUUGCUGGGCUCCAUCCGGAAGAAGCAUCUCGCCAAGCUGCUGUCGGAGCAACUGAGCACGGAAAAGCGAUUCCAGUAUCUGCUCCGUCAGUCUGAGGCUAACAGCCCCACAGAGCCCCUGCUGGGUGCAGACGGCGCUUUGGGGACCCCAGAGAAGAAGCCAGGUGCGCAGGACAAGGGUGUUAGUCAGAGGCUGGGAGAGGCCGCGAUCUGA